AUGGCCGCCACAACAGAACCACACCAGCCGCCCGCCUCUACGGACACUAAGCCCGACACUCAAGCACAAGCCUCCGCAGCCGCCUCCGCACCGGAAACCAUAGACGAGAAAGACGCGUCGUUAGCAAAGGAGACGGGAGCUACGGCAGCAGCAUGCGACUACGACCCCUCGGCCGACUUCAAGGGUGAUGUGCAGGUCUCACAAGAACUUCCUACAGAGGCCGACAUCAGGAGAUGCGAGGACAUGCUCGUCCUGGGCGCCGACGGCGAGUCGCGGCCCUUCAAGAGCCUGUACUCGGGCGAGGGCGUUGCCACAAGGCAGCUGAUCAUCUUUGUGCGACAUUUCUUCUGCGGAAACUGCCAGGAGUACCUGCGCACGCUCUCGGCCAGCAUCACCCCUGACGCACUCCUCGCGCUGGACACGCCGACCUUUAUCACCGUCGUCGGCUGCGGUCGCCCAGAGCUGAUCCCAAUGUACGCGCAGACGACCAAUUGCCCGUUCCCCAUCUUCGCCGACCCGACGACCAAGCUCUACGACUACCUGGGCAUGAUGCGCACGCUGUCGCUCGGCCCCAAGCGCCCGGACUAUAUGAAGGCCAGCAUGGUGUCGACGACGAUGCAGAGCAUGUACCAGUGCAUCAAGAGCGGCAAGGGAAUCGUGCAGGGCGGCGACAUCAGGCAGGUCGGCGGCGAGAUGCUGUUCGAGGACGGCAGGGUGACGUGGGUGCACCGCAUGAAGAACACGCGCGAUCACGCCGAGGUCGAGGACCUGAGGAGCAUCCUCGGGCUGACUGGAAAGGACGAGGGGAGGAGAGAGCGCCGCGACGGGUUCAAAGCCAUCGCGAGAAGCAUGAGCUGGAGCCGCAGGCAGGAGCGCAGCAAAGAGCGCGGCAAGGAGCGAAGCAGGUCGCGCGAGCCCAAGGUGGUGGAGAUGGAUGAGGGAGCGAGCGAGGUGAAGGAGAAGGAGCAGAGGAAGAGCAAGAGGAGGUCGUUUUUCCAGAGAGCAGACACCAACAGCCACUUGAAGGCCGAGGUUGAGAAGAUUUAG